AUGCCUUCUUUGCUAUCCAACGAGCCCUCAAGUAGACAUGGGAGCCUGGGCCGCAAAAAGAGUGUAGAUAAUGGUUGCCUCUCUGGCGAGGAGGGGCAGUUCAUCGGUGUCAGUCAUGGCCAAAUCAUUGCCGAAGUGGCUGCAACCACCGACUUGGAUCGUGAUGGUCUGGUGAGAAAUCGAUCAACUCUACAUGUUUGCUUCAUGUCCUUCGUCCUAGCCUCGAUUCCAUAUGGCUUGGCGACCUGCUUCUUCUAUCCACUGAUCAAUGGUGGACCUGCAACGAUCAUAUAUGGCUGGCUGGCCGUAUCCAGUAUCAUACUAUGUGUUGCCGUUUCCCUCGCCGAGAUCACUAGCGCACACCCUACCGCAGGGGGUGUUUACUACCAAGCGUUCAUGCUCCUCGGCGGAAGAUGGCAAAGACCAAUCUCAUGGAUUUGUGGUUUCACCUAUCUUGCUGGGAACAUUCUGAUCACUCUGGCCGUCAAUUUCGGAUCCACGGGGUUUCUGGUUGCCUCCAUCAACGUUUUCGAAUCCGAGUCCGGGCUCGGAGUCUUCCCAGCUUCGAUCUAUCAACAGUUCUUGAUCUUCGUUGCGAUUACAAUCGUCUGCAACUUGACAUCGGCGCUGGGGAAUCAAUGGCUUCCUAUCCUGGAUAUCUUCAGUAUCUUCUGGACCUUUGCAGGUCUAAUUGCAAUAUCGGUAUCUGUGUUGCUCUUAGCCAAGGGGGGGCGUCACUCUGCCGACUACGUUUUUGGAGAAUUCGCACCCAUGUCGGGUUGGCCUUCGGGGUGGGCUUUCUGUGUUGGUCUGUUGCAGGCAGCCUAUGCCACGUCCUCCACCGGCAUGAUCAUUUCGAUGUGCGACGAAGUCCGCGAUCCUCAAGUACAAGUUCCCCGGGCUAUGAUCGGUACUAUUCUACUGAACACCGUUGCGGGGCUGUUGUUUCUCAUCCCAGUGGUUGUAGUGCUUCCCGACGUGGUACUGCUCAUCAAUGAGGCGUCCGGGCAGCCUGUGCCCGUGAUUAUCAAGUCUGCCGUGGGCAACACCAUCGGCACAUUCUUUCUCCUUAUUCCACUCAUCGCCCUCGCCCUCUUUUGUGGAAUCGCGUGCACAACCGCCGCCUCCCGCUGCACCUGGGCAUUUGCUCGCGAUGGUGGGAUUCCCGGUGUGAAAUGGUGGGGGCCGGUGCAUCCACAUCUCAAAAUCCCCCUGAACGCCAUGGGACUGACUAUGGCAACACAGAUCGCGUUGGGCUGCAUUUAUUUUGGUUCCGAAACAGCAUUCAACGCGUUCUCCUCGGCCGGUGUCAUCUUUUUAACGGUGAGUUAUGCCAUUCCAAUCGCCGCAUCUCUCUUCGGCGGUCGAACCGAUGUCAAGCAGGGGAAAUUCUCGCUCGGGAGGUUCGGCAUGUUUUGCAACAUCGUUUCUCUGUGUAUGUCCUGCGGACCGUCUGGUCGCUCCUUUUUUCCAGGGUUGUACGUGAUCUCAUACAUUGCUCUAGGUUGGUCGGUCUUCGCAGUCCCUCUCUUUUGCAUGCCCUCGUAUCUCCCCGUUGCGCCACAGACCAUCAACUACGCCUUUGCAGUUUUCGCCGGGUUGACUGUAAUUGCCAUCCUCUGGUACUAUAUAUGGGGAUAUAAGAAUUUCCAGGGUCCUCGCACAGGUGUCUUGUCCGCAUCGCCGAUGGAUGAGGUCCACUCCAUCCGUGGAUGA